AUGGCGCUUCGGACAGCGGGCCAUGGCGACGGCAGUGACGGGCCGACAGUGCUGGGCGCCACUUGCGAAGGUGCGCAAGUCGAGGCGGCUGCACCUGCCACACCUACGUCGCCGGAAGGCGUGAACUGGGACCUGGACUUCGGGUCGCUCUGGGAGGGCGGCUGGGAGGAGCUUUUGCGGGAAGAUGCUGAUCAAAUUGGCGAAGCCUACCAGCUGGGUGUGCUCGGCGGUGUGCUUGGCGCGGAGGAGGAGCAGGAGCUCGAAGAGGAGAUGGGCGAAGGCUUCAAGGAGUCCAGCGGCCACAAGGAGCCACGAGCGCGCGACAGGAACAGGAUGAGCGCCAAGGGUCUGAUCAGCAACUUCGUCCGGCUCUCAGCGGGCUUUCUCCGGGUCAAAGCUGGAGGGGCGCUUGAGAAGGAGCUGGGUUUUCUGAUCGAGACAAGAAAGUGA